AUGGAGCCCGCAAAGGAGCCAUAUGAAGCCCGCAAAGGGGAGAAAGCAGUAGUCGCGUACAGACAAAGAAUAAAUCAGACAGACAUGGAGAAGCACAAUCGGAGCACUGACAGAGACUCAAAGGAGACGGUCAAAACACGACAGCGAGCAAAGUCCUUCACGGCCGCUGAAAGAGGUAGUGGCCGUGGAUGA